CCAAUUAGCUCGCUGAUGAGCCUCAGCUGCAUGCACGUGCGCGCGGCAAAUAAGCGACCGCUAGGAGAUGUGACGUCACUUCCAUCUGGACACGUCAGACAAGUUGAGAAAGACAACAACAAAAGUACAAAAAAAAAAAAUGUUAGCUGGCAAAGCAGCGACGCUUAUAAGUCACGCGCUCGUCUUCGGCUUCGUACUCGGACUUCUGGGGACCUGCUGCAGGGCGCAAGUAAGCCACCACGCGCCUGCCAAUCAAACCGGCUACAGGAAGAAGACAAAGCCAAACAAUUCUCUGGGAUGACAGGUGAAGGGGGCGGAGCUUUCUUCGCCCUGAGGAGCUGCCACCAGAGUCUGGGCGGUGACGGCGGCGAAUUCUUUUCUCCUGACUAUGUUUGCGCCAACCCGCCGCUGUGGUGCAACUGGACCAUCCGGGCCCACGCCGGCAUGCGGGUCCACCUGCACCUGCAGGACCUGACCCCUGACGAGGACUGCCACCUGAAGCAGGACCAGAUACACGUGGAUGAACCCCCCGGACCCUCUGCCGGUCACCGGGUACUGCGGGGGUGCUGGCACGAGGCCACGUACACCUCCCGCUCCGACACGCUGUACGUGGUUCUUCUGAUUGGCGGUGGCCCCGCUCGGCAGUACCGAGGAUUCUACGCACGCUACCGCACCUUUGGACCUCCGAUGGCCUAUCACCCGCCAGAUGGCAUCUCUGGGCAGGAAGGGAAGCGGAACAGUCAGAUCUGGGAUGAGUUUGGAGCGAUGAUUGCAGUGGAGCGCGAGCUCCAUCCCUCGGCGACCGCUGCCGUGUUUCCCUUGUCGGAUCCUCCCGAUAAAGCUGCCGACUCGUCUUUGGAGCCGGAUGCACACGCGCCGUCAUGGUUGGAGACCACGCCGCCGUCAGAGUCCCCACACGGGACCUCCUGGGCAGAAAGAGGCGCCCCCCUAAUGCUCUCGGACCCGUCCGACCUUGCGCGACCGUCGCACGAGCUUCUGAACAGACCUCCCGGCAGCUCCCUUCACAUCUUGAACGCCAAGCGCAGGGACGCCGACCCAGGUCCAAAUCUGCCGGAAGGUGAACAGAAAACAUUUGAAGCAGGAGAAAAAAACAUGGAGGCCAAGGAGACACCCACGUUAUCAUCACCUGAAGAAGAACCGGGGUGGACUCUUCCACACCCCAACAUUGUGGAACCGCUUUCGGACCACAGAGGGAAGCUGAAUGUCUGGAACGCUUCUCAAGUUCUACAUGAGCCCGGUGAUCGGCUGUUUGAAGUGUCCGUGGAGGUCCAGCUCAGUCAGGACCACAACCAGAACCAGGACCAUUUGGACGAAUUGCUGAUGAAGUCUGUCAAGGCUCUGGUCCUCAAACAUCUGGACGGGCUUCGCAUCCCACUCAGCUUGACCUUCAAAAGAGUUAAAAGGCUUCGUGCGGGCUGUCUGUAUAUAAUGUGGCUCAACGCGGGUCGUGGGCGUGCUCACGUGUACGCUGGCGUGCACCAGGACCUGCACAAGCUGGUCGGUAGCGCCGUUGCCCGAGCCGGGAACCUGCAACAUGGUGUCAUCGCUUCAGUCUCCAUUGGCGACGUCAACGAAUGUGGAACGCAGUUGGCGCUGUGUGACGUGAAUGCUGACUGUUUGGACCAGUUUGGCUCUUACUGGUGCCGCUGCAAAGACGGCUUCCGGGACGAGUCGCACUUGGGACCCAGAGGAACCGUGUGUGUGGAGCGCAAGCCUGCAGGUUGCACUCCGGGCCCGUCCGCCGAGACCAAAGCCGUGUACGUGCUCUUCUUCCUGCUCAGCUCGCUGCUGCUGACGUCGCUGGCGGCGGCGUGUGCGCUCUAUCGCCGCCACCGCCGGGGGGCCUUCUUGCUCGCGGGCCGGGACUCGGCCCGAGCGGAUCGGGGCCACGCCGGCCCCGCCGACUCGGACCUGCCGCCGCCUCCACCGCCCGCCAGGGGGCCGCGGGACGCUUGGACCCUGCAGAAGGUAUACACAUAAACAAAUGGAACUGGAAACCUCUAUCAUGAAUAGAAUAUAAGAGACCCUAUUAAUUUUCUUAAAACUGCCAGUUAUACAUUUUUAGAGCAGGAGCAUGCACUCAAAUUUUGAAUCGAUCAGAGUGUUUGCACUUUUGUUUUUGCCAUUACAGAAGCUAGGUUCAUUUUUCAUAAAGGCAUGCAAAUAAAAUUCUGGAUGGCUAUGAAUUAAGAUGUAUGAAGAUAAAAGAAAAUGGAAUGAGGUUACAUUAUACAGUAUAUAUGUAUUCAUGGCUCGAUAAAAUCAAUAUAACAUAAUACUGGAAUGUUUAAGAGGAAAUUCAAAAUGGAAGCGUCACAUGAGCUCUGUACAUGAAACACCUGGGUUGUAUCGAUUUUCAUUUUUUUUCCCCCCCCUUCCUCUGUCUGCAUGGAUGGAUAUUGUUUUCCAGUCUCAAUCAAAAAACUUGAUCUGUGGUGAUUUGAACAGGCUCUUUAAACCCAAUAAAACUAAACACCAUGAAUGA